UUAUUUCCAGUCUGCCUUAUUUAAACUCUUUCAAAUGCUACUCUGUUGAUGAAAGUUAUUGUUGAAACCAGUGGUGAAAGUUAGGGGGAAAGCUUAAUUUGAGAGGCUACUAUAAUAUGAUGACAUUGUUCAGAAAUAUUGUUAUUGCUCCUGUGUCUGAGGUAUCUUGUCCACUGCUUGAAAUGCACCCAGAUACACAAUCUCUAGAUGGCAGAGUAUUGCCUCCUACAUACUGUGUUUCUCAAACGCUGUGUGAGGGAACAAAGUGGAAAGGAAAACACAGAAGAAAUAAGUUAAGUAAAGAUUAUAUUGGACUCCCCAGUAACUUCAAACACCUGUGCCACAUUGGAUGGAAUCCACAAACUGGUUUUGCUACUAAUUUGGAUCCUGAACUAAAGAUGAUACUUGCUCAGGCUGGUGUAACACAAGAUCAUCUAAGGGACAAGCAAACUUCCAAGAAGAUAAUGAAGACUAUUGAGAAGCAAGGUGGAAGAGAAGCUGUAUUGAAAGAGGCAAAGGCAAAAGGCUUGGUGACAAAAUUCCUUGAUUAUGCUCUGCCUUAUUCUGUGACUCCUUCACCUUCAGAACUGGGUUCAACUUGCAGCUCUAUAAAUGAACUGGAUUGCCAAGCUCUGAGAACAGAGCAUGGAUUUAAAGAUGUUUUGGGAAAGCCUUCCUCAAUAUCAACAUCACAGCAAUCAUUGCACAAUGAUCUCCCUUCCAUUGUUGUGUCCCCAGCAUCUUUCAUGUCACCUUCCAAAAGGACAUCUCAGUCUAACUUGAUCCUAAAUCUCAAGGAAGUGCAGCUGAAAAGGGCAAAAAGCAGCAACCAGUUAAUCCCUUUAAGUCAAGACGUUCUAAUGUUUCAAAUCAGAAAGGGAACAUAUCUGAAACCGGCAACUCAGAGUCCAACAUCUCCACAGUCUCCUAGUGAUGGAGGAAUAGUGGCUGCACUAAAGGAUGUUAUUCAGAAGAGACAUAAGGCAAUACAGGUUUCAGAUGAAGAAUCUGAUCCAGAGAAUGGAGAUGAAUGGGAUGAGUAAAAAAUACCACAAAGUAUCCUUCAGGAGAAGAGUUGAUGCUAACUAUUAAUACAGGAGAUCAUGUAUGCAGUUCUUCUAUAAUACCUGGAGAAACUGUAGGAUUUUAAGAAAUCUCAACAGUAUCAAAUAUUACUUAAGACACUGACAUGCAACAAUGUCCUAGUGUCUGGAAUGGUUUUAAUAAUAAAAUAUAGAUGAUAAAGCUCUA